CUGGUGCUGUGCUGCAUGAUCUGGCAGUGUAGCCAGCUGACGGCCACCUAUCUACAAUACCCCACACAGGAGAGGGUAACAUUGGUUAAUAGUGCUAGACUACCUUUCCCAGCCAUCACAUUAUGCAACCUCAACCGCGCUCGUAUGUCUCAGUUGAAUGCCUCCAAGUAUCAAUCUCUAGCUAACCACCUAUCCGAGGGUAGUGAUGAGGACACUCCUAAGAAUGAUGCAAGAGAAAGGUACUUAGCUUUUGCACUCUCUCAGUUAAGUGCAGAGGAACAAAUGUCCCUGGGGCACCAACUACAGGACAUGCUGAUAUCCUGUGUCUUUCAUGAUGAAGUCUGUGAUGAAAGCUUUUUUACACCUUUCUUAAACCCUAAACUUGGAAGCUGUUACACCUUUAACGGGCUGAGACACAGAAGUCUCCAGGACACAUCAUCUGUGAAGCCAGCGGCUGUCCUGAAUGCUACCAAAGCUGGAUUUAGUUAUGGACUUACGAUGGAGCUAUUCAUAGAGCAGAAUGAGUAUAUCAGUAGUCUAAGUACUGCAGCUGGGCUAAGGGUGGUACUGCAUGGACAAGGGAAGAUGCCGUUCCCAGAAGAUGAAGGAGUGAAUGUUCCACCUGGUCAGGAGUCAGACAUUGGAGUAGUGAAGGUUCAUGUCAAGCGGCUGGCGAAACCCUAUAAUAGCAGGUGUAGCAGUGGGGAGAACAUCAGGAAUUAUUAUGCAGAUGUAUAUGGGACAGACUACAGCCGAGAGGCUUGUAAGAAGAGCUGUGCCCAAGCUAAAAUGAUCAAGAACUGUGGUUGCAGAAUGUGGGAGUUUCCAGCUCCUCCAGGGCUUGAUGUCCCUCUGUGUAACAUCAGUGAACCAUCCGUUAAUACCUGUGUGGAAAUGUAUGAAUAUAAACUAUCCCACGAUCAACUCAAAUGUCAAUGUCCACUGCAGUGUGAGGAAGAGAACUUUGAACUCACUAUGUCUUCAUCACAGUGGCCUAGCAGCAUGUACUUGGACUCUUUCGCUAAGCGUCUCCGCAGCAAAAAAGGAUCUCAGCGUAUGCAAACUAUUAGAGACAAUGUCGUUAAAGUUGUGGUUUAUUAUCAGCAGCUGAACUAUGAGCUAAUAGAAGAAGUCCCUUCCAUGCAGCUGGUGGACUUAUUUUCUAGUAUUGGAGGCUUGGUUGGUCUCUGGAUCGGAGUCUCUGUCUGCACAGUAGCAGAGUUUUUCGAGCUGAUACUGAACCUUUUGACAUUUGUCAUUCAUCAAAUCCCAAAAAGAGAUCGGGAGUCACCUGAAAAUCCAUACAUAAUUCCACAACCUGAGGCAUGUUCUCUUGUAUCUCCAACAAAUCAAAGUUUGGCAUGGGAUACUAUUGAUGAUAUAUCUAGUCUACUGGGAGAACACUCUGAGGACAACCAGAGCAUGAACAACCCAUACGAGUUUUACGAUGUAUGAACAGAAUGCUGUGCACUGCCAAAAAUUACAUACAUUAGAUAUAAACUUUGGGAGUUCAAAACGUAGAAGAUACUGCAGAGCUCCGGUGUUUGGGGGUAUACAAAGCAACUUGGGUUUAACUUUUUAGAUAAAAAUACUGGGAUACAAGAAACAUUAAGAUGAGAAA